AUGCUUUUGACGCCUAACCAGAAAAUCAGCAUUGCCCAGCGCACUUUAGAUGCGGAGAUUUUAGGCCUGCGCGAGGUGCGCGAGCAGUUGGCCAGUGGCUUGCCCGCGGCGGUUGAUGUGUUGCUAGGCUGCAAAGGGCGCGUGGUGGUGAUGGGCAUGGGCAAAAGCGGUCAUAUUGGACGCAAAAUUGCGGCCACUUUGGCUUCGACCGGGGCCCCCGCUUUAUUUGUGCAUCCGGCUGAAGCCAGCCAUGGGGAUUUGGGGAUGGUGACGAGCCAGGACGUGGUGCUGGCGAUUUCCAAUUCGGGCGAGUCAACCGAGUUGACGAGUAUUUUGCCUGUCAUCAAGCGUCUGGGAGUGCCUCUGGUGGCGAUUACGGGUAAGCCCUCCUCUAGCCUGGCGCAGCAUGCAGAUGUGGUGCUCAAUGCGGCCAUCAGCCGCGAGGCCUGCCCGCACAAUUUGGCGCCCACCACCAGUACGACUGCGCAGUUGGCCUUGGGCGAUGCAUUGGCCGUGGUGCUGCUGGAGGCGCGGGGUUUUUCGGCAGAGGACUUUGCCCGCUCGCAUCCAGGCGGUACGCUGGGCCGCAAACUGCUCACGCAUGUGGCUGAUGUGAUGCGCCAAGGCGAAGCGGUACCGCGGGUGAGCGAAACAGCGGGUUUGAGCGCUGUCAUGCAAGAAAUGAGCGCUAAGGGGUUAGGCGCUGCGGCCGUUGUCAAUGCCACGGGUGAACCCGUGGGCAUCUUUACCGAUGGCGAUUUGCGCCGCUUGGUCGAAAGUGGUCGUGACUUGCGGUCGCUGUCUGCGCAAGCGAUUAUGCAUAAACAGCCUUUGACGGUGCGCACGGAUGCGCUGGCCGUUGACGCGGUAGCCUUGAUGGAGGCGCACAGCAUCAGCAGUGUUUUGGUGGUGGAUGCGCAAGGCCUGAUGCGUAUGACAGACAACUUACCGAUUCCCCGCCCCGCCCAUUCUCUAGUCCCUUACGGGGCUUUAAGCGUAUCAAAAGAGCUUUCUGCGCUGGCGGCGCAAGUGCGCGUCGUGUUUUUUGAUGUGGAUGGCGUGCUCACCGAUGGCAGCUUGUAUUACUCAGACCAGGGGGAGGUGCUCAAAGCCUUUCACUCGCUAGACGGACAUGGCUUGAAAAUGCUGCAGCGCGCAGGUGUUGUGGCGGCGGUCAUCAGUGGCCGCGAUUCGCCUGCGCUGCGCUGCCGUUUGGCGCACUUGGGUAUAAGCCAAUUUACCUUGGGGACAGAAGACAAAUUGCCAGCGGCGGAACAAUUAUUGAGCGCUCUUGGUUUAGGUUGGGGGCAGGCAGCUGCCAUGGGCGAUGAUUGGCCCGAUUUGCCCCUGCUGUCGCACGCGGCCUUUGCCUGUGCGCCAGCCAAUGCCCACCACGAAGUAAAAGCGGCUGCGCACUACGUCACGCUGGCGCAAGGAGGGCAAGGCGCGGCACGUGAACUGAUUGAUGUGGUGCUACAGGCGCAGGGCCAAUACCUUAUCCAGUUGGAAAAACACCGCAAAGGCCAUCUUUCUUUAUGA